GCCCUGCGGCGCAGAUGAGAGACAUGGAGACCUGGUUCUAGCCUCCCGGCCUAGCCCAGCAUCCUCCCUUUGAAGAUUUGAAAGUGCGCGGCCUCGACGGGCCUCCGGUGGUACCCUGGCGCCAUUCUACACGGCAUACUACCGUCAUUCAUCGUCGAGCUUGGUGUUCCAUGCCCUCCCAGACUCCCACCGGACCCGCGAACCCCUCCGUUGCCCCCCUGCACAUCGAGCCGUUCGGUUUGUUGACAUGCCACCUAUCCCAUCCCAUCCCACAUCCCACAUCCCACACACACACACACACACACACACAGCCUGCUUGCGAGCCUGCAGAUGCUACAUGACUGCUGCUGCUGCUGCUGCUGCUCUCCAACCUUGCAAAGAGAUACCCACACGAUCCCCCAGCCCCUCGAUUUGCCCAUCAGAUCAAUCUAUCCAUCGUCUGGCCCAGUCCGGGGUCCCUUUCUCCAUCCUAACCCAGCUCUCUGGCAUCCUCUUUCCCGCAUGCCCGUGCUUUCUUCCCUUCCAGCAUAUCAUUUUCUCGCGCCAGAGACAAGACAUCGCAAAGGCCUGACUAGUCAGCCAGUCCGAGACGGACCCCGAGAACGAUAACUUGCUUGUACGUCGCAUGGUUCGCAGCGCAUCAACGAAGGCAUCACGAGAACUACUAGCCCGCAACCACAACCACGAGGAGGAGGAAACAAGACCAUGAAUUGACCACCGCUCCAGCGGUUGGCGCACACGAUUACACAAACCGACACCCUGGGUGGACGGACCACGCCCGCAAACAAACGACAGGCCUCCACGGACGAUCAUGGCCGCAACGGCCUCCCGGUGGGCCUCCCGGACAGAGAUACCAGCAGCUACCCGCAAGGCCACUAUCAAGAUCAAGCACAAGACCAAGUCCAAGACCAAGACCAAGACCAAGACCACCUCCCUCGCCGCUGUCGCCGCGUCCUCCGCACUGCUCUUCGCCUCCCCGGUCUCGUCGGCCCGGCAGACGUUCCCCUACGUCCCGACGACCGUCCUGCUCUCCCCUCCCUCGCUACCGGGCUCGCCAGCCAACAGCAGCAGCGCGAAUGCCGGCAUUGCCUACAUCUUCCACCCCCGCGGCGCUGGCCUUGAGCUACUGUCCGUCAACAUCUCUGCGACGGCCUCUGGCGCCGCGAGCCUCCAGACGCUAUCGACGAGCCUGCCUUUCCUCGAUGGCGCCACAGACACAACGGCGUUCCUCCCCACGAUGGCGGACGACGGGUCCAUCGUGGUCCAGGCGGGAGACUGCAUGUCGGCCGAGGGCUACGACGUCUGGACUUACACGCCGCCGGUGACCGACGGCACGGCCACCACUUCCGAUCCAUGGCACAAGACGGCGGCGACAUUGCCGAGCACUGGCGACUCGGACGCCGGACCGUAUGCCCUCGGCGCCGGCAUCAGCUUCUCGGCGACCCUCGCGCCUACAAUGUCAGACCCCGUGCUGUACUCGUACGGCGGCAUGUGUCUCGCCCCGACGACGGAUGACUCGGCCUGGCAGGCCAACGGGACGUACACCAAGUCGAUGCUCCGCGUGGCCCCCUCGGGCGCUGGGGGGCAGGAUCAGGCGUACACGGCGACGUUCGUCUCCGGCAAGGGCCCCGCAUUCCCCGAGGCCGGUUUCUCCUUCACAUCGUUGAGCCCCUCGAUAUCGAACCGAUCCGGCGUCGUCACGCAGCAGAACCGCUACGUCCUGCUCGGCGGCCACACGCAGCAGGCAUUCAUCAACAUGAGCUCGGCCGCCAUCUGGAACCUGCCCGAGGAGUCGUGGAGCUUCGCGACCGUCGGCGGCCCGCGCGACGUCGGCAGCAGCGAGCUCGCGGUGAAGGACCUUGAGAGGCGCGACGGCGCCGACGAUGUCGAGAGCCGGUCGGGCCACACGGCGGUGCUGAACGAGGACGGGACCGCGCUCAUCGUCUUGGGAGGCUGGGUCGGCAGCGUGUCGCAACCGGCGUCCCCGCAGCUGGCGCUUCUGGAGAUGGGCGACACGUACGGCGACUGGACGUGGUCCAUUCCCUCGCAGCAACCGGACGAUGGCAUCUACGGCCACGGCGCCGCGAUACUGCCUGGGAACGUGAUGAUGGUGUAUGGAGGAUACGAGAUUAUGGCGACUUCUGGCUCGAAGGCGAGGAAGAGACAGUCCGGCGGCACGGGGCUGAGGUUUCUCAACAUGACUUCAAUGUCGUGGUCCUCAAGCUAUUCGAACCCGGACUACGCCACCCCUUCAGACGGGGCCGGGGCCGGGGCCGGUAAUAACGACAACAUCAAGAAGAUUGGGCUGGGCGUCGGCGUCGGCGUCGGGUUCGCUGCCAUCCUCGGCGCUUUCGUUGUCUACUUCUGCUAUAAGAGACAUCUGCGCAAGAAGAAGGAGGCGAGAGAUGAGACGGUGCGAUCGCUGGCGCAGGAUGCGUCGCGUUUCCUGCAUCCGGACGACGACAUGAUGGAGCGCGACGACGGAUCCGCAUUCCCCUGGACAGGCCACGCCUGGUAUACGGGAGGCCCCGACCCCUACGAGACCAUCGAUCGGUCACUCGGGUACGAAUCGUUGAGGUCCGGUCGGAACCCGGGAGGAGGCCAAGGGGGAAACUACCAACCGCCCGGCCUGCUCAUCCCGCGCAAGCCGAUCCCUCGCGCGGCCAGGGGCGCGUAUCAACCGCCUGCGAACCUCUCUACGCCGGGUCACAUCCACCCGAUCUACGAAGCCGACGAGGACGACCCGGAGCACGGCAGCAACGCGCGGGCCUCGCGGCACAGGAACCAGGAGCCCUCGACGCCGACAACGCCCGGAUACGCCGACCCGUUCAUGACGCCGACGGGCUCCGUGCCCGUGCUGAACCCAGGGAACCGCAACUCGACGACGCCCAGCCCCGAGGCCUUCCUGAGACGGGACCCGGAGGUGCAGGACUGGCAGUCUGACGUCGACGCCGCCGAGGCGCUUCUCGCGCGCAUGCCGUCGCGGCGCAACAGCCGCGUGUCGCCGACGCGCCGUGAGUCGAUGCGCUCGGCCCGCUCCAUGGCCGACGACGAGCGGACGGCGAGCAACGUCUCCGAGUCAGCCCGGAGCGCCAUCAGCGUGCCGACCCGCCAGGCGUCGACGCGGCACACCGCCAGCCCGGGCCCCAACAACCUCAACCUGACAAUCGUCACCGGGGCCGACAACCGGCUAGGCACGUCGUCCUCGUCGAGCAGCAGUGGCCACACGUACUCGACCGCCAAGAGCACCUUCAACGCCCUCCAGGCCGAGGGCCCCUCGCUGCUGCUCCAGGGCCGACCGCGGCCCGGAAAAGACCACCGCGCGGAAGGCGAUGACGGAGGAUACAAUGACGAUGACGAGGACGGGUACAACUACGCCGCCAACGUGCCCGGCAGCCCCAGCAAGCACAAGCCGCGGCGGUCGCUCGGGUGGCUAGGCAGCCUUCGAAGAGUCUUCAGCAGCGGCGUCAACAACGAGUCGUCUGACUCGGGCCACAGCCACGAGAGCCCGCGGCGCCUGUCGCUGGACCAGGUCAGCUCGGACUACGAGCCGCGGCUGAUCGGGCUGUCAGGGAUCGGCGGCGCCGAGCUGCUGCGCCGGAAGCAGGGACGGCACGACUGGGACGUCGACCAGCGGUCGCUCGACGAGUGGGACAUUGAGAAGGCCAUCGAGCAGCGGCUCGUGCAGGUCAUGUUCACCGUGCCUAAGGAGCGGCUGCGCGUCGUCAACGCCGAGAUCGAGCGGGAGGAGGAGGUCGUCCUCGUCGACCCGGACAAGGACGAGAUGGACGGGCUGGACAGGCUGGAAGCGGACCUCGAGAAGAGGGCGUUGGUGGAGGAGUACAGCAGGGACAAGGGCAAGGGUAGGGUGCUCUCCGUGGACGACGAAGAUGCCGUUGCCGCCGCCGCCGCUGCUGCUGCUGCUGCUGCUGGGGGCCAACGAAGGCCAGACUCUCCCGGAGAUGGGUCGCCCGUUCGCGGGAGGCGGCUUGUCCACCUCCCGCCGCCGAGGGACGGCAACACAGGCCACCAGCACCCGUUGCCAAGCCGGGAGGACUCGACGGAGCCGCGGCCGUCGCUGACGCUGCGCACGGCCGAGGUCGUCAGCGUGGCGCGGCCCAAGACGAGGGUGCUCAAGAUGGUCGAGAGCUUCGAGUCGCGGAGCAGGGAGGGCAGCCCGUCGCUCGGCUAGAGGCCCGGCGACGCGGAUCGCGGCUCCUUGUUCGUGUCGUUCUCCGGCGUGGCGCCCGCCGCGAUGGCGGGGGAUGAGGAACGAGGACGGGGACGGUGACGACAAGACCGGCUCUACGGCUUUUCUACGAGUGAUGAGAUGGAUGAUGACUCCUACGCCCGGAUCUGACAACGGGGAAAGGUGUCUUCCGCCCUCGAGGUCGGUGCGUGCAAGGAGGGGAAGGACUACGAAGGAGGCAACUCGUUUGUUUGUGUAUAUGGACUCUUGGGAACCGGGCACUUUGGCGCGAUAGGGGACAUGUUUAUCGGGAUACUCCAAAGGGGGAGAAAUUCGGUAGGGCGGGAGGGUUUGUUUUUGCUGUAUUUCUACAUCUGGCGAAUAUUUCAUCUCUCUUGUCAUCUCUGUACGCGGCGAUGCCCCCCUCCCGUCGCAUUUUCAGAGGUUUUCUUUCUUUCUUGCUCUAUUUUCUUUUGACGAUUUACGUUGGUGGGAUCUUCAUGUCUACAUAUGGCAAACGUGUGUUGGAUGCUGGGACGGGGCAUCGAAUCUAAGCGAGUUUGCUAGAAAUC